CUGCGACGUUCUCACCGCAUAUUCGUCACGAUGUGUGGCAACUCGGUUGGAGUAUUUUCUGGUUUUUAGGGUUUCUCCGGUUCCUCUUCUUCCUGUCGAUCGGCAGUCGACUCCUGGGGCGAGAGUGAUGUCGAUCCUUCCGGACGAAAUUUGGAGUAGAAUUCUGGAGUUGGGGACGGAGACAUCUCGAUUGGGCUACCGGGAUCUCUGCUGCCUCGCCAUAUCCUGCCGCCGCCUCCGCCGCCUGUCCCAAGACCACGCCCUCUGGUCUACCCUUUUAGCUAUUGAUUUUCCUCAAGAAGAUCCUUCCUCUCUUUCACAGACGCCGUCCAAAUCCCUCUACAAAACCAGAUUCGAGAGGGACAAGGCGCGGAGGCAUGCUGUCUGGAGGCGGGCGGUGCUCAAUGCGGGGAGCCAGGUGUUUGUCUGCAGGAAGAAACUAAAAGAUUUGGAGUCUCUCUUGUUGCGAGAGAGCGAGAGGAUGAAGGCAGCGGUGGAGGAAUUGGCGAAUGUGGAGAGAGUUAGUUCUUCCAGGAGGGCAUCUGUGGCUUUGAAUGUAUGGCAACCGGAAGUUGUUCGUGGGAGCCAAAGACAGAUAGUUGAGCAGUGUACCGUGCCCAUUGAGUCUCGUCUUAGUGCUUUGAAGAUGGAAGUUAGAGUUUGUAAGCAACAAAUUGCGAUUUUUGAGAAGGCCUAUAAUGAACAGAAGAAGAAGUUCAGUGAGUAUAAGGAAGCACUGGCAUCACUAAGGUAUAACCCUUUACAAAAUAAUCAAAGUGGUGGAACCAGUAGCGGUGGUCAUGGAAAGCGGAAGAAGUUGAAGAGAAGCAAUGAUUGCACAUCUCAUGAUUAUAGGUUUGCUGAAUCAUGUCUGCAAGAUCAUUGGGAAGGCAAAUAGCUGGAGAUGGAAACAAGUCAAUUAGAGUUCCAAAUGAGCUGGACAGACAUUGACACUUGCAUCCAAUCUUCCAAUGCCCUGUGGCUAGUUGCAUCAGCUAUUGUGCCUUAAGUUCUUGAUUGCCCUAGGUUUCAGCUCUUCAUGGUCUGCAGAUUUUGGACUUGUAAAGAUGUUCAGAACUGAAAUUGCCCAAAGAGAUGGGCAAGUUGAUUAGUCUGGGUUAUCUUCUUCUGCCUAACAGUAUACUUACCUCAAAAGGCAGGCUGUUUGAAACUAUGCUGGUUUAAAUCUUCUUGGUUGGGCUUGGGCAAUGGCCUGCCUUCAGGAAUCCCUCAAAAAGAUGUACGUAGUCGAGCAUGUUGGCUGUGAGUUCAGCAGUCAUACGCAGUCAGCUUUUUCCACUGAAGAUACUAUCUUUUAGCAUAUGAUUAAUUGGAAGAGACUCAGUGGAGUCAGCGAAGUUGUUUGCAUUGGGCUAUGGGGGUAUCUGAAGGCCGUUUGUGUUGGACUUCUACUUUUAAAUUGGUGUGUUCAUUUUAUUCUUCGGAUCAAUUAAAUGUCAACUUAGGUCUGAAGCAAAUCUUACACCAAGCUUGAAAUCAAGAAUUGAGCUGCCAUUCAAGAUUGAACCAGGGUUCAUUUAAUCAUUAGUUGAUUACUGCUCGAUUUAGAUGAAGUAGGCCAGUAUUCAGCUUGAUUCAACAUUAAGUUUGAAUCAAGCUCGAAAUAAUGACAAGAUUGUAAGAACCCAGCGUUACUUUGACUAUGAGAAGAAUUAGGUGAUGAGAUGUUUAGCUGUGAGAAGAAUCGGAUACUGAGAUGUUUCAGGAAGGGCAAUUCUUUACUCUUAAGAGACUAGAAGGAAACAAAUUGGUUACCUCAAAUGUCCAUCAGAUUUGAUUGAUGAUUGUUAUUUGUUUAUUUUUUUUGGAUACUGAGAUGUUUCAGGAAGGGCCAUGUUUUUCACUAGAUUAUUUUCUUUUCUCCUAAGCAACUAGAAGGAAACAAAUUGGUUACUUCAAAUGUCCGUCAGAUUUGAUUGAUGAUUUUUAUUUCUUUAUUUCUUUAGGUUAAAAAAUUUAUUUCUUGUUAAAUGUGCUGAUGAAGUUUCAAACUUUUUGUUUCUUUCUAGAUCAAAGGCCUUUCUUCUGGUCAUGGGAAAAUACUUGUUAUGUUUUAGAAUUUAGAUGCUACAUAUAUGGUUCAGACCUGGUAAAAGAUAAUAUCCAUGAGUGUAAAGGGAUUUAUAGAUUAUAGGUUUGCUGAACCAUGUCUGCCAGAUCAACGCAAAUAGCUGGAGAUGGAAAACAAGUCAAUUAGAGUUCCAAAUGAGCUGGACAGACAUUGACAAUUGCAUCCAAUCUUCCAGUGCCCUGUGGCUAGUUGCAUCAGCUAUUGUGCCUUAAGUUCUUGAUUGCGCUAGGUUUCACCUCUUCAUGGUCUGCAGAUUUUGGACUUGCAAAGAUGUUCAGAACUGAAAUUGCCAAAAGAGAUGGGCAAGUUGAUCAGUCUGGGGCAUCUUCUUCUGCCUACCGGUAUACUUACAUCAAAAGGCUGGCUAUUUGAAACUAUGCUGGUUUAAAUCUUCUUGGUUGGGCUUGGGCAACGUCCUGCCUUCAGGAAUCUCUCAAAAAGAUGUUCGAAGUCGAGCAUGUUGGCUGUGAGUUCAGCGGUCAUGCAGCAGUCAGCUUUUUCCACUGAAGAUGCUAUCUUUUAGCAUAUGAUUAAUCGGAAGAGACUCGGUGGAGCCAGCGAAGUUGUUUCCAUUGGGCUAUGGGGGGAUCUGAAGGCCGUUUGUGUUGGACUUCUGCUUUUAGGUGGUAUCUGAAGGUCUCAUGUCAUUGUGCUGACUUUCCAAUUCAGUGCCAAAUGUGUUAUGUGGAUAUAUCUGUGGGUAAUGAGAUGUUUUACACAUUUCCUUUCAUCUUGUAUUCCGCAUGGUGGGAAGGUUUCUGGAGGUAUCAAACUAGUAUUGAGUUGUUUAGUCUUCAAAUGUGGUCUUGUAUUAAGAUCCUUGCCUCAGUUUGUCAUCAUGUUCUAGGCUCUCUUUGAUUCUCUUUGUUGAUAGCCUCGCAAACUCAUGAUAUUCUCAGUUGCCAGUAAAUUUGUUGUUCCAUCUUCAGAAAGGGAAAUACAGACAUAGCACCUCACAAGUUCAAGUUGGACCACAAUGUGUGGUACAAAACAUUGUGAUCUCCCUAACUUUGAAGUUAUACAUUUUUUUUCCUGUUUUCA